AUGUCGAGGACGCUGAAGGAGCGAUUUCCCGACCCUGAUGCCGCCGUGUGCAGCACAUUCUUCCGAACCACCGAUGUGUGUGACAAGACGUGGUGUGACAUGGCCCUCAUUGCGGAGUCGGACGAUCACACCUUUUGGACGGUCAUUGCAAACCACAAGAGUCUGACACUUACGCUGCGAAACCUCAUCACUGUUGUGGAUAAUGCCCACAGCUCUGCCUUUCGUCGUCAGCUGCAGCGAAGUGAUGAGCUUUCCCUGAUUACUUUUCUUGUUCGGUUGGUGACUACCACCUCCGUUGUUUCAUCUGCUGGCGUGAGCGUGGCAAGUGUGGCGAGUUGCCUUGAACAACUUAUUCCACCUGCCUUAUUGAUGCCUCUUUCAUUGAUCAUCCUGCGUCACUGCGGAUCGGUUGCGUCUGCAACGGUUACAACACUCAUUCUUCUUAAUCCCUCCUAUUUAUGCACAAUGCCUGUCACAGCAUCCUCGUGGUGUGACGCAACCGCUCGUCUGUCAGUUCAGUGCGUGAAGGAAGUUGCGAGAGGUAGACAUCAACGACUUGCUGGGGACGUGGUUCUACUCUUUGAACAAGUAUACCGUCAUGUAAAACAAUUAUGGGCUCUCGUGCACUGUGCCCCUUUUCUUGCGGAUUACAUGCCGUUAUCACGCCUGCUACAAUAUUUACGGGUCGUGGUGGAUUUACUCUCACCUCUGCUGCAACAUUUUCUCUUAACUUGCACGGCACUCUCCAACCGUCGUGAACAGCUUUCCAAGGCGAAUUCGGCUAUCGUUAAUGCUGCUGUAAAUGUUGCCUCGAUACUUGUCUUGUUCCGUACAUAUCACAAGGUGGAGAGUCAUGAUAGGUGCCACUGUGUAGAGCGUAUUGUUGCACCUACCUACGAUGCCCUCACAAGUCAUAUUACACGGAAGGUACAGGGACUUCCCAGCGUGUUGCUCUCUGACACAAGACGAUGUUUCACAAGAACUCUGCAUGAACUUGUGCCUCCGCAAACAGCUGCGCAAGAUUUGGAGGUAGGGAAAGUAUUACGUCAUUUAAGUGAACCAGUUCCAGACAGUAAAGACUUUUCAAAUGGAUUUCUGGGGGCUCGUCCUCGCUAUUUUGAAUUACUACUGCUGGAGUUGGUACACCAAGGGUUUCACAUUGAUGUGUUAUUGGAGAAAAAAUUUAUCACUUUAUUGGAGGCGGAGGAGCUUGGGGCCUCGGAGCGGGUUAUCACGCAAACCAUUGCCGGUAUCAUUGACAAGGCCACAGGCGAUGCUGCAAUGACGACAAGCGGGGGAGGCAACUAUCACAGUACGGGACUUUCGACUGUCGAAGAAUCAGCAUCUGCUUCAUCAGAUCCGUUGAUAAGCAUAGUGUUGGGCGUCAUGCCCCACUUUAAUGUGGAUGGUAUUAAAGCUGCCUUGCAUUAUUACAACGGAGACGUGGAACAGUUUAUUCUGGAUGCCUCCAUGGAUAACGUAGCUCCGCACUUGCUUGCGCAACUCACUGAACCCUCACCCUCCAAUGUUGUGGGGGAAGUCGCUCAAGUGACAGCCUGGACCCCCGAAAUUAAUGCAAACACCACCGGAGUCUCCACUUCCACAGUCGCAAAUACACUUACGGUGGAAGAUUACGACAACGAUUUUGAUGUGGUGGAUUUGAAUUUAUUUAUUGGCUCUGAUUUGUAUGAGGCCAUCAACGGUGGAGACGGCACUGGCGCUGCUGAGGAUCCUUCGUGCGAUCUUGUUUACACCACGUACCGUUCUAACGACCAUCGUGGGGCUGCGGAAAUGUUUGAGGUGGACGAAGCUAUGCGGGAGAAAAUUCGCAUGUUGGCCGAAUUAAUGUACGAGGAUGAAUUUGACGACACCCAGGAGGUCGCAGAGGUUUGUGCCUAUGAGGCUUGUCAGGGCGCGAACGAUUCGGACUCGGCGGCCUCAAACAGCGACGUCGAUAUGAUCCACAACCUCAAGAGCAACUUGUCGGAGGGAGGCGAAAUAGCCACUAGUGCAUCACGUCGCCCCAGAACGCAAUACGAUGAAAAACGGUUUCAUGAGGCUCGCUCUAAACGCGAAAAAAGCGGACGGGCAGCGGAGGCGCGGGAGGCAGUACCAGCAUACACCCAGAAGAAGAAGACCACACGCAAAAAGACGCAGGAUAAGGGAGCCUUAACACGUCAGGUGAAGAAGGGCAAAUUUAACUGA